AUGUGUGAGAGUGAAGAAGAAGAUGUUGAGAACAUAUUUUUUGAAAGUGGUGAAUCUUCAAGUUCAGUAGAUGAUGCGCAAUAUUGUGGUGAUAUAAUUAGAGAACAUAUCUAUAAGCCAGAUGUACAUGUUCAACCUAUUCCAUUUAAUGUUUUAAUCUUCAAAUCAUCAAAGUUGGCCAUCAAAAUGUAUUCCGAGUAUGCUGAAAUUGGUGGUUUUGAUGUGAGACUAAGCACACAAUCAAGGUUUGAUAACAAGAUUAUAAAGAAGAAACAUGUUAUAUGUAAUCGUGGUGGCAAACAGAAAAAGAAAUCUUGUGACUCAUUGGGUAUCGAAUGGUUUUUGUUCCAUUUUAUUGCUAUUGACCAUCAGAAAAAAUCAGUUACUGUUGGAGCGGGUUUGCUAAGCAAUGAAAGCAUUGAGUCCUACUCUUGGUUGCUUAAAGCAUUUCUUAAAACUCAUGGGAAAGAACCAACACUUGUUUUAACCGAUCAAGAUUAUGCAACAAAACAAGCUAUUGAGAAUAUAUCAGAUAAUUUAUUUACGAACACAGACUUUAGAAAAAGAUACUUGAAGUUUGUUUGGGACAUUAAUAUGAAACCUGAUACUAUGUCGAGGUCAGAGAGUAUGAAUUCAUUCUUUAAUACCUACUUAGAAAGUGGUAAUCUACUUUUGAAUUUUAUGAUGAAUUACGACACUGCCAUUCAAAAGCAAAUGAACACUCAACGAGAGCUUGAUAAGGCAUCAAAGAAAGCAUCUUAUAAAAUACAAACACCUCGAGAAAUAGAACUACAAGCAUCAAAGGUUGAAAUAAAAGCUGAAGAGAAAGAAAUAAAUUGCAGUUGUGAACAUUUCAAGCGUAUGGGUGUUUUAUGCAGACAUGCUUUUACAAUAAUGAUAAGAUAUGGUGUGAAAGAAAUUCCUGAAAGGUACAUUCUGAAAACAUGGAGAAAGGAUGUGAUAUCAAGAAAUUAUCGUUUUAGUUCUCGUCAAUCUGAUUCAAGGGAUUGUGAGAAUGUGAAGCUAGUCAAUGAUUCAUAUUAUAAUUUUGAAUCAUGUUUGGAUAUUAUAAGAGAUGACAAAAAGAAAUUUGCUUUGUUUGCUGAGAAACAACAGAUGCUGUUGAAGGAAUUUGAGAGUGAGAGUGAUUAUACAUCUGCUGGAUUGAAAAGCAAGACGGAUGGUGAAGUCGUAUGCAAGCUUAUAGGUGUUUCAAUUCCUAUUCCAAAAGAGAUUAAUAUUCAUUUUCCUCAAGUUCAAAGCAAUAAAGGUUCUGGAAUCAAGAAAAGAAUUCCAAGUGUAGGUGAAGUAGUAUAUGAAAAUUCUAAAAAAGAACAUAGAAUGAGUUCAGAAUGUGGAAAAGGAGUUCCUCAGAAUUUAUGUACAUGUCCAGUAAGAAUUGUAGCUGCUCAAUCGACAAAAUACAUUUAG